AGCGCGUGCUGCAGGUGGGACGCUCUUGCGCCGCUUUGGUCGCUCUCCUGCUCAGACUCAACCCGAGUAGUGAGCGCGUCGGAAAGGGACAGUCAUACACGGCAAAAUGGGCAAGCUCCAGGAAUUCGACAUUACUUUCACUAAUAAUAAAGUGGUUUACAGCCCCGGAGAAUCGAUAUCUGGAUGCGUGAAGAUCACAUGUAGCGGCUCCAUGAAAUACAUAGCCAUCAAGGUGAACUGCCUGGGGUCAUGCGGCGUCUCGACCAAGAUGAACGACACGUCAUGGAUGCUGGAGGAACAGUACUUCAGCAGCACACUCUCUGUGGCCGACAAAGGGACUUUACCGGCAGGCGAGCACAGCUUCCCCUUCCAGUUCCCGAUUCCAGCGUCCGUCCCCACCUCCUACGAGGGCCCCUUCGGGAAGAUCUCCUACAGAGUACGGGCAGGGAUUGACACGCCACGCUUCUCGAAGGACUACAAGGCCCAGAGACCCUUUUACCUACUCAACCUCCUCAACCUCAACGAAGUGCCAGAAAUUGAGCAACCCAGCUGUGCAGUGGUGACAAAGAAGUUCAACUACCUGCUGGUGAAGACGGGCACACUGAUGCUGAAGACGCGGAGCGACCUGAGGGGAUACACCCCGGGCCAGGUCAUCCAGCUAGCCACCGAGAUCCACAACAAGUCCGGCAAGGACACGGGCUACGUGCUGGCCAGCCUUGUGCAGAAAGUGACCUACAAGGUGAAGAGGCCGCUGAUUGACCUGCGCACCAUCGCCGAGGUGGAGGGCGCGGGGGUGAAGGCCGGCAAGCACGCCGAGUGGCGGGAGCAGAUCAUCGUCCCUCCCCUCCCUCAGUCGGCGCUCACCGGCUGCAGUCUCAUCGAUAUCGAUUACUUCAUCCAGGUGUCUCUGAAGUCUCCUGAAGUUGUGGUCACUCUACCCAUUUUCAUUGGCAACAUCGCGGUCAACCUGACAACCUCCAGGCCAAUGCCCCCCCACCCAGGCACCCCUCUGGGGGCCAUGUCCAGUCCCUGCCAUGGAGGUGUGGUCCCCAGCGCCCCGCCAGCCGAGGAGGACCCGGACAGCGAGCUAGGCGCAGGAGGCCUGGCCAGCGAGGAGAUCCCCACCAAGAGCCACUCCCAGCAGGACCCCAGCGGCCAGCCUGCCACCGUGUCCCCCAGCGCCUUCGGCUACGCCUCAGGCCUGUCCACCCCGCAGGGUCAGCGGAGCGCGGCGGCGGCCUCGGAUGGCUCUGCUGCGCUGUUCUGUGUGUCCACCGGGGCCACCAUACCGUUCUUCACCGAGGGGAAUGCCACGCCCGUGCCCACGUCGUGCUCACUCAUCCUGCCGCCUGAGUACAGCCGCUGGGACUUCCCUCCUGAACCCCCUCCCACCUAUGAGGAGAGCUGCAGCAGCAACAACUCCAGUUUUAACAGGUAAACCAAAGGACAUAUGGAAAAAAAAUACAAGCAUGGAUACAAGGGGUCAUCAUCUGUCGCCAGUGCCAUAGAUAUGCUCUAUCCAUUGCUAUUCCACAGGCCCUUGUGGCCCCCUGCUGGAUGUAUCGGGCAUUGCAAUAGGCCCCCAAACCUGCCUUUGGAUUGUCACCGUAUCUCCAGUGAAGUUGAGUUACAUCCAUUUUCCAAAUACAUAAAAAGGGAUCCAAGACUUUGUUUCACCUUUUCUCAUUUCAACUCCCCUAUUUUGCUACUGUUUGAUCUACGCGGAGGAAGAAAGAACCCAAAGGCAAAACCAGGGAGAGGAAAAGACACCGAAAAUAUUUCAAUUGCGCUAAACAGAGGCACUUCUUAAAAACCACUUAAUAUGUAUGUAUGCAGCAACACUGGAGAUCAUUAUUAUGAGUGGAUAAUGAGGGGGUGGGGUGGGGGCGGUAAUUAAAGUUUUGUGUUUGAAGAGAGUACAAUACUAGCAUCUGUGAUGCGUAGAAAUAAAAUAAAAAAACAUCCUAUUGUAACGUAUUGUACAUUUAUACAUAUUCAUUUACUUUGAUUCCUACCAAGGCUGGCCUUCACAGAAAUAUCUCAAAUACUUAGUACAAAUGUGAGACAUUUUAAUGUACGCAGAAAGCUGUAGCAGACACCAAGGCCAUACAGUUUCAAGUCCAAUAGACCUUACAAUGUACGCUAGUGUCUUUUUGAAUGACCCAGAUCUGAAUCAGCCUGCAACAGGAUUAAUAGUCUAGAGAGACUCUGUUGUUUCACACACACUCACACACACACACAGUAUGGAGUAUCGCUGGAAUGCAUCAAACUCCAGAUGAAGAUACAAACUGGCAUCAGUUCCCUGUGAUUUAAUGGCAAUUUGAUCUAAGGGGUUAUUGCAGAGGCUUUCUGGUGCUUUAGAUUACAUGAUACACUGACAGUAUCAUAUGAUAUAAGAAUCAGUCAACCAAGGAUAUUACUGGCCCUACACACUAUCGCAGUACACUUACACAAUGCUUUGGUUGAAACUGUGAUAUUAAGAGCUAACAGCAAACUGUUUACUGGUGUACAAGUGUAUAAUUUCUUGGAUGACCAACUCACAGAAUACCAGCAAGACAAAAGACACACACGUUGUGGCAAUUAAAUAACGAGACUAUGUGAGCAUAUUAGAUAUAUGAGUAACAAGUUUUCUUUUAAUUACACAAUUAUAUUACAAUUGAAAUGUAGCAUUUGUCUCAUUAUUUAAUAGCUACACCCCAUAGUUAACGUUUUGUUUCAAUACAGGAUGCAUUUCAUUGCACAGAGAGCAUCCUGUCAAUCCUGUGGAUUAUUAAACAGUCCUCGUGACCCCAGACUUGUUUUUACUUGAAAAUGUUGACUUAAAAUGUCAACUUAUUAUAUAUACCGCUACAGAUUAGCACUGUUCAGAAAAUGCAGCACUGUUAAAACCCUUCAUGAGAGCAAUCAGAACAGCCCUUUCAUAUUGUGUAAUCAGUGCAGAAAGGUAUUGUCCUUGCAUCCCAAAUUCCCCUGAUCCUUAAAGGAUAAAGGCAAUGUAAUUAAAGUAAAGGUGAUGUGAUUAAAUGUUGCUCUUAUGCAUUGUUACAGUACAGGCAAUGCUGUUGUCUUAAUGGCAGUUCCACUUUAGUUAGAACCUUAUGUUUGAUUUCUAAAUAUUAACUGAUGUUGUUGAAAGAAAAAAACAAAGACGUUUCUGAUACUAUUUGCUUCGUCAAAUACUUGUUUGACUUCCAGCACUUCACCAGGCAGGUGUGACCACUGUUCCUGCACCUAGCUCUGACAAAGACAAAGGCUUUGUGGUUAAGAGAUCUUCAUAGUAGAAACAAGAUCAAUCAACAUCGUUUCUGAUGGCCACAUGCCCCAAAGUUAACAGUUUGGGAUCAUACAUGCAGCGUCAGUACCACCGUUGUUUUUAUUUAUUUCAUAUCUGGUUUUAUUUUUUGGUUCUAAUGUUGAAUGAAUGGUGUGCUGAGGUGGAUGUGAAGCCUUAUGUCACUUUGUUGCUGUGAAUCAUUUUUGACUACUUUCAAUAUCUGUACUCUUUUACGGGGUCAACUCAAACUUAUCCUGCUAGUAUGAUACACGACUGUGCACACUGUUCAAGCACAAAAGUAGCAACAUUACAUUGACUUUUUCUUUUCUCUUGAGAGAGGGGGAGAGAGAGAGAGAAAAAGAGAAGGACAGGGAAAACGAGAAAGCUCUAAAUUGAUUGUGUUCAGAAUUUUAAGAAGUGUGUUAAGGUCGCCAUCAACCGUAAAUACAAUAUUGAGUCUGAUGAAAUGUUCUGUGCUAUGGUAGACACGCCAUAACCUUUCACUCAAGCUCAGCAUGACAUUCUAACAACCAAACCAGCACGCUUCAAGCAGACUGCUCCAUGAGAAUCCUGAGUCUUUCCACUACAGUAGAUAGCAUUUCAACAAUGAAAUUCCUCCAACCUUCACAGCACUCUACAUAAUCACUUUCGCCAGAACUGAUAAAUGGAGGUGCUCCAUCAGUUUGAAAGGGGGAGUAGAGAGAGAGAGGGAAAAGAUGGGUAUUGGAGUGUGUUGGUUUCCAUACCCCACAACCACCACCACCACCCUGCAUGUUUCCUGAGGACUACCCUUAAGAGUGCCUUCAGAAUGCUAAUGUCGCCAUGGGCGAGAAGGUCAGAGAUAUAGAGGAUUGAUGAGGAAAGUCUUUUUAUACUCCUGCUACUGGUGGACCAUCCUUCUUCUCUUGUCUAUUCCCAAAAACCGUUUCCUUUCAUCUUUUUGGUCAGGGGAAAUAAAUGGGGGAAGACUUUGUGCAAUUUUGUGUCACCUGAGAUACCCUGAAGACUGUACGGGGUUGAGUUAUGUCCUGAGUCGGCUGUUUCUGUUCUGUUGCUGUCCUGUUUUUUGCUACACCAAAGCUUUUAAGUUUCCUUUGUUGGUCAUCGUAUGCAAUUCCUGGUGGUCUGUUGGAAGUACCUUUUCUAUAUGGCACAUAUUGCUAUGUGUAAAAACCUUUGGAAAGAAGUCCCUUGUUGUUUUGUUAGGCUUUUUUCAAUUCACUGGCCAAUAUUGGAAUACUGCGAUGUUCACCACGGUGGAUCUGUGUAACAUUCAAACUAAGAAUGAUGAUGAUUUUGAAUCAAUAUUGUACAGUAUGACAAUAAAUUU